UUUACAUUUUGAGAUCGACCCUCGAGCAGCAUGUGCGGAUCGCUUCUCCCUUCACUACUGGCCAUCGGAUGCCUGCUGGCCCUGGCCUCAGCUGACUACAGGCAGGACUUCGAGGACUUGCCCGUCCCCGACAGCGAGUUCGAUGAACGCCACGCACGAUCGUCUUCGGGCAUUCCGGCUCAAGCAUAUGCCGCGCCCGUAAUCUACAAUUCGCAGUCCAGCUACUCGGCGCCUGCGGCCCCGUCUUAUUCAGCGCCAGCAGCUCCAAGUUAUUCGGCACCUGCUCCGAGCUAUUCAGCACCUGCCGCUCCGAGCUAUUCAGCACCGGCAUCUCAAGGAUAUUCAGCGCCUGCAGCCCCAUCUUACUCGGCACCUGCGGCUCCCUCUUAUUCAGCACCUGCUGCUCCGAGCUAUUCAGCACCAGCAUCUCAAGGAUAUUCAGCGCCUGCAGCUCCAUCUUACUCGGCACCAGCAGCUCCAAGUUAUUCGGCGCCAGCGGCUCCAUCGUACUCAGCACCGGCUGCUCCGAGCUAUUCAGCACCUGCCGCUCCGAGCUAUUCAGCACCUGCCGCUCCGAGCUAUUCAGCACCAGCAUCUCAAGGAUAUUCAGCCCCUGCAGCACCAUCUUAUUCGGCACCAGUGGGUCCGAGCUAUUCAGCACCAGCGGCUCCGAGCUAUUCAGCACCCGCAGCUCCAUCGUACUCAGCACCAGCAUCUCAAGGAUAUUCAGCACCCGCAGCUCCUUCUUAUUCAGCUCCAGCGGCUCCAUCCUAUUCAGCACCCGCAGCUCCAUCUUAUUCAGCUCCAGCCGCUCCAUCGUACUCAGCACCAGCAUCUCAAGGAUAUUCAGCUCCAGCGGCUCCAUCUUAUUCGGCACCAGCAGCCCAAUCGUACUCAUCAAAUGCUAAUCCCAGCUAUUCAGCACCCAAAUCAUCUUAUUCAGCGCCUGCAGCACCCAGCUAUUCAGCACCCGCCGCUCCAUCUUAUUCGGCACCUCAAAGCUAUUCAGCACCAUCCUAUUCAGCACCCGCCGGUCCAUCAUAUUCUGCCCCAGCGGCUCCAAGUUAUUCAGCCCCCGCAGCUCCAUCUUAUUCAGCACCCAAAUCAUCUUAUUCAUCAUCCGCACCGUCAUCAUACUCAGCACCUGCUGCUCCGAGCUAUUCUGCGCCUGCCGCACCAAGCUAUUCAGCACCAGCUGCUCCCAGUUAUUCAGCACCUGCUGCUCCAAGCUACUCAGCACCUGCCGCCCCAAGCUAUUCAGCGCCUGCGGCUCCAUCUUAUUCAGCACAUGCUGCUCCCAGCUAUUCAGCACCAAAAUCAUCUUAUUCAGCACCUGCCGCCCAAGCUAUUCAGCGCCUGCGGCUCCAUCUUAUUCAGCACAUGCUGCUCCCAGCUAUUCAGCACCAAAAUCAUCUUAUUCAGCACCUGCCGCCCCAAGCUAUUCAGCGCCUGCGGCUCCAUCUUAUUCAGCACAUGCUGCUCCCAGCUAUUCAGCACCAAAAUCAUCUUAUUCAUCAUCCGCACCGUCGUCAUACUCGGCACCUGCCGCUCAAAGCUAUUCAGCACCCGCCGCUCCCGCAUACUCUGGCUACGCUCGCAUGGGGGAUAUGCUGGGAUCAGCGAGAACUUCCUACGGAUCCGCCCCGGCCAGCUACGGCGGUGCCACCAUUCCCGCCCAGCCCUGUCCCAAGAACUACAUUUUCAGCUGCCAGGGCGUGUUCCAGAAGACAGCCUGCAGCCAAGGCUCGUCCUACUAAGAGCGUAUCGCCAUGGCAACAUAAAGAAAUGAUAGCAAUAAAGUUGAAGAGAAAAAAAUCAGACAAUUCGCACGUAACCCCCCAUGGAUGUUAUUUACUUUGAAGGGUUAUACACGUU